GCCACAUUAUAAUCUCACAUAUAAGGCUCAGGCAGAGCAGACCAAGCUUUGUAUGUACAAACAACAACCCAGUUCCCGUAUUCCAUUGUUUGAGCCGAGGAAGCUUAUCUUCUUUCUCCACAUACCCAACCAAGACCUUUUUGGGGUCCAUUUGAAGUGGGAUUCCUGCAAUUCUCGUCAACAUGGCUUGCAGACUCGCAGAUUCUAUGUUCCUUUUCACGGGACCCCAUCAGAAGCAAAUUCGUAUUCAAAGAAUGGCGGCUCAUUAUUCACCAGGUACCUCUUUUCUUAAAUGGGAUGGUCUUCUUCAGAAGGGAAUCAAACGACAACAAUUUUCAUAUUCCAAGAGAAGAACUAACUUUGUACAAGCUGUGGCUAUCCCAGUUACUCCAUCUCCAUCUCCAUUAGACACUGCUGAGUACAGAGAACAAUUAGCAGAAAGCUAUGGUUUCAGACAGAUUGGAGAACCACUUCCUGACAAUGUUACUUUAAAGGAUGUUGUUGAUACUCUUCCAAAAGAGGUGUUUGAGAUUAAUGAUGCAAAAUCUUGGAAGUCAGUUCUAAUAUCUGUCACUUCUUAUGCUUUGGGGCUCGUCAUGAUUUCAAAAUCCCCAUGGUAUUUACUUCCUCUGGCUUGGGCAUGGACAGGGACAGCAGUAACUGGGCUUUUUGUUAUAGGUCAUGAUUGCGCACACAAGUCAUUUUCAAGAAACAAAUUAGUGGAAGACAUUGUUGGAACGUUGGCAUUUUUGCCGCUUAUAUACCCAUAUGAACCAUGGCGCUUUAAGCAUGAGCGACAUCAUGCAAAAACAAACAUGCUUUUUGAGGAUACUGCUUGGCAACCUGUUUGGAAAGAAGAGUUUGAUUCAUCAACUACUUUGCGCAAGGCAAUUAUCAUUGGAUAUGGCCCGCUUCGGCCUUGGAUGUCAAUAGCUCACUGGUUGGUGUGUCACUUCGAUUUGAAGAAGUUCAGAUCAAAUGAAGUCAAAAGGGUGAAGAUAAGUUUGGCUUGUGUAUUUGCAUUUAUGUUCAUCGGAUGGCCAUUUAUUAUAUGGAAGACGGGGAUCAUUGGAUGGGUCAAGUACUGGUUGAUGCCAUGGCUGGGCUAUCACUUUUGGAUGAGUACUUUCACAAUGGUACAUCAUACAGCUCCCCAUAUACCAUUUAAAUCUCCAGAUGAGUGGAAUGCAGCUCAAGCUCAACUAAAUGGAACAGUUCAUUGCGAUUACCCUCGUUGGGUUGAGAUCCUAUGCCAUGAUAUAAAUGUCCACAUCCCUCACCAUAUAUCUUCAAGGAUUCCGAGUUAUAACUUGCGCGCAGCUCACAAGUCCAUCCAAGAUAACUGGGGAAAGUAUUUAAAUGAGGCUACAUGGAGCUGGCGUUUAAUGAAGACGAUAAUGACAUUGUGUCAUGUGUAUGAUAAGGAGCAAAAUUAUGUUCCCUUUGAUCAACUUGCACCUGAAGACUCUCAACCUGUUGGAUUUCUCAAAAAGGUGAUGCCUGAUUAUGCUUGAGUCUCUUGUGUUGCCUAGUGGGGUCACAAACUUUUUCGGCUUAAUUCUUAUCUCUUAUCCUAAUCUUUCCUCGUCGAGAUAGAGCCGGCAUGCUAUGAAUCACCAUUUUGUUCCUUCACGAUUUAUCCAUUUCAUUUAACUGUACUUUCGAAAGGGUUUUUUUUUUUUUUAUCAAAUAGAGGAAAUGUUACAUUGAAGGAACCUUCCUGGAAGUUAAGGAAUAGUUUGGUUGAAUGUUAUUUUUUGGAUUAUAUAGGAAUAACCCUCUUGUUAAAAGUUGAAAGAUGCCUUAUCUAUAAAUACAAAAAGUAAUCCAGGACUGGGGGAUUCUUUUUUGA